AUGGCUUCCAUUAGCCCCUCCAAUAAAUUUCUUACCAUACUUCUUACUUUCUUAGCUCUGUUUCUUCUUGUUCAAUCAAGACAAAUCCUUGAUGAUUCAGACACUGAAGCAGUUCUGAUGAUCCAGAAAGGCUUGGGCAUCAUCAUUCCAAGUCAACGCCAUGGCGGCCGGAAGUCUUCUCCAUGCAGUUCUGCCGGGAUAUUCUGCGAAAGGCGAAUCUCAAACAACUCAUAUGUCCUCAGAGUUACUCGGAUAGUAUACAAAUCUCGCCAACUGAAAGGAGUUUUGUCUCCGGCAAUUGGUAAACUUUCUGAGCUCAAAGAGCUCUCCUUACCAAACAACAAACUCGUUGACCAGAUCCCACCAGAGAUUUCCAACUGCCGGAAACUUGAAGUUCUUGACCUGAAGAAUAAUCAGCUUUCGGGUUCUGUUCCGCCGGAGUUGUCAUCCCUGGUUCGGCUUCGGGUGCUGGACCUUUCUCUCAACCAGUUUGAAGGAAACUUGAGGUUCUUGAAGCAUUUUCCCAACUUGGAAAAGAUCUCUUUGGCUGACAACCUGUUUUCUGGUAAAAUCCCUCCAUCCUUGAGGUCAUUUCGGAAUCUUCGGUAUCUUAACGUUUCUGGCAACCAUUUACUAGAAGGUCCCCUGCCUGUACUGAAUGAAGAAGUUGACAGUUCAUUGGCAGAGGUGACCGGAAUUUACAAUGACAACAUUCCAAAACGUUAUGUUUUUGCUGAGAACUCAACCAGAAGAAAUCAGACAUCUGCCCUGCCACCUAAUUCUGGAGAUGGAUUGGGAUCGAAUCUAGGUCCAGCUCCAUCGCCGACUGCAACCAUAACACCUCACAAACAUAAAAAGGGCAAAAAGAAAGUAGCUGCUUGGGCUCUUGGUUUCUUUGCCGGAACUCUAGCUGGGAGUGCAACUGGCCUGCUUGUUUCAGUGGCUGUCAAGAUGCUUAUGUUCUUGAUCAAAGGAGGGAAGAAGGAAAAUGGACCAGCAAUUUUCAGCCCGUUGAUUAAAAAGGCAGAGGACUUGGCUUUCUUGGAGAAUGAAGAGCAAAUGGCAGCACUUGAAGUCAUUGGCAGAGGAGGAAGUGGAGUAGUGUACAAAGCCGAAUUGCCUGGAAGUAACGGCAAGAUGAUCGCAAUAAAGAAGGUGAUGCAACCCCCGAAAGAUGCUGCAGAACUAGCUGAAGAAGAGAGUAAAGCCUUAGGUAAGAAGAUGAGACAGAUCAAAUCCGAAAUUCAGACUGUGGGACAAAUUAGGCAUAGAAAUUUAGUCCCUCUGUUAGCCCAUAUACCACGGCCAGACUGCCACUACCUCGUCUAUGAAUUCAUGAAGAAUGGAAGCUUACAAGACAUAUUGCAAAGAGUUGCAGAAGGAGAAAUGGAAUUGGAUUGGUUAUCCAGGCACAGAAUUGCUUUAGAUUUCGGGCUUGCAAAAGCAAUGCCGGAAGCUUUUACACAUGUUACAUCUUCAAAUGUCGUGGGAACACUCGGAUAUAUUGCACCAGAAUAUCAUCAAACGUUGAAGUUUACCGACAAAUGUGACAUCUACAGCUAUGGGGUAUUGCUGGCUUCUUUGGUGAUGGGAAAGCUCCCAUCUGACCGGUUCUUCCAGGAAACUGAGGAGAUGCGAUUAGUGCAUUGGAUGAGGAAUGUGAUGACUUCUGAAGACCCAAAGAGAGCAAUUGACCCCAAGCUCUUGGGGAAUGGAUAUGAGGAGCAAAUGCUUUUGGUCCUGAAAAUUGCAUUUUUCUGCACUUUGGACAAUCCAAAAGAGAGGCCUAAUAGCAAGGAUGUCAGGGCCAUGCUGUCUCAGAUUAAGCAUGAGCACUAG